UGCCGGAAAGUGACUAAAAACGCAAAAAAAAAAACACACUUUUCUCAGAGAGGGAGAAAAAAAAGGGGAAGAAAUUCGAAAGAGGAGUUUAAAUCUCCACGCUUAUCUCAUCGCCGUUUUUACCAGUCUCUCUAAUUCCGGUUUUUGCAGAUCUUCUCCUGGAAUAUCUGAUUUUUUUUUUUAAUUUAAUUUUGUUAUUAUUUAAACAGUUCGUUCCUAUUUUCUUGUUCGUUCCUCUCUCUCUCUCUUUCUUCUCCAAAUGAAUUUCCUAGCUUGUUUCUUUGUUUAACUCAUUUCAGGUUUACCUCCCUUCUUUUUUUUUUAGGUUUUCGAUUUAUUAGGAACACUUCAAUUCUCCAUUAGGGUUUUUGUUUUGGGUGGGAUUUUAUUUUGACAGAAUAAGAGCUGAGAGUUUUGCUGUUCGAGAUUCAGUCAGAGAGAGGGUCGGCAGUGUUAGAAUGAUAUAUGAAACUCAGGCAAGAUGGGUAAAGUUCGCCAUGAUUCCGGAUCAGGCGAUGAAUUCGCAAUAGACAAAGCAUUUCACAAAGGCCCUUGGACAUCAGCUGAAGACCAACUUCUGAUAGCUUAUGUUGACAAACAUGGUGAUGGUAACUGGAACGCUGUUCAAAAACACUCUGGCCUUUCUCGCUGUGGCAAAAGCUGCCGCCUUCGUUGGGUGAAUCACCUCAGGCCUGAUUUAAAGAAAGGCUCUUUUACCGACAAGGAAGAGCAGCGUGUCAUCGAACUUCAUGCUUCCAUGGGUAACAAAUGGGCACGAAUGGCUACUGAACUACCUGGUCGCACGGAUAACGAGAUCAAGAAUUUCUGGAACACGAGAGUUAAGAGACUGCAGCGACUUGGCUUACCAAUUUACCCUGAUGAAGUUCGUGAGCAAGCCAUGAACGCCGCAGCUCAAAAUGGUCACAACGCAGACUCAUUGGACGGUCAUCAUAGUCAAGAGUCUUUGGAGCUUGACUGUCUCGAGAUCCCUGAACUUAAUUUCAAGCACUUACAACUCAAUGGUGGCUCCUCCUUCUUACAGUCGAUGCUUAGCAGUGUUCCCACGGGCAACCAGAUGAGACAGAAUCCGGGCUUGUUUCAGCCUAAUAUCUACAACGUGAUUGCAUCUCCUUACCACCAACCGCCUAACCGCAAACGCUUCAGAGAACCAGAAACCGCGUUUCCUUACACGGGUGGUUAUGCUACAGACGAACAUAGUGCUCAGCUUUGGAACUCUCCUUUUGUCGAAAGCACUCCAGGACAGUUCAACGUUGCACCAGAUAGCCAUUUUCUUGGCAAUGCUACUACAUAUUCUUCUCCUUCUGAGCCUCUCAUUCACGGGGCUGAGAAGUUGGAGCUCCCUUCAUUCCAAUGUUUUGACACUCAAGAGGAGCCUGGCGAUUGGGAAGCACAACACUCUAACCCAAUGCAGGCUAUUGAGUCAGACAAUACUUUAGUCCUGUCGUCCCCUCUGACAGACCCGACACCAUCCGAGUGUCCAUCUUCAUUCUGUGAUGGAUUGUUGGAAUCAGUUGUCUAUGGAUCAUCAGGGGAAAAACAGACAACUACUACGGAUCCAGAUUCCCCGCUGCUUCAGUCCUCUCUGCUUGGCCAUAUCGACAUUACACCAGCCACCGCAAACACAGCAGGACACAACUCCAGUGCUGAAACCGAUUUGGUUCAUUUUGGUCCAACUUUCUCAAAUGAGAGACGCACAUCCUUUGAGGGCGGUGAUUGGAUAAGACAACUUCUUGGUGAGGAUAGGGACUACACCAAGUAGAAGAGGAGGAUUCUCUCGAUGGCAGGACACGCAUAAAGAGCUCUCUCUCUCUCUCUCUCACUUCUGAUCUCUGAGUAGAUUAGUAUGUCUGUCUUUACGUAUAAUCAAUCAGUACUGUGGCCUUACAAAAAUAACGACCUAUUAGUUUUUAGUCGGUUUUAUAAGCAAGCAUUAUUGCUGCACGAGAUUAUGUUAUGUAAGGAUUCUAAAGAUUUUUGAUCAAACGUCUUGUUGAUCAUGCCAAGCUAUUUUUGGA